AUGCUUUUCAUGACUCGGAGCUGUCGACAUUUACCAUUUUCCUUUCGAGCCGCUCGGAACAUCGUGAACACGAGGCACUCACAGCCUUCGAAACUUCGGCUCAUUCACGAUGCGGCCUCCAACUCGACGCCGGUGGAGAAAAUCAUACGUGACAAUAUAAAGGUCACUGGGCCGCUGCCUUUUGCGACUUAUAUGCAACUAUGUCUGUCUCAUCCAACCCAUGGUUACUACAUGAACACCGCCAAUGAGGUUUUCGGCUCGAAAGGAGACUUUAUAACGAGUCCAGAGAUCAGUCAGGUUUUCGGAGAGUUGGUCGGGGUGUGGCUUUUAUCUCAGUAUGCGAGCCUUGGGAACGAGAAAAUCCCAUUUAGACUCGUUGAGCUUGGGCCUGGUCGGGGAACGCUUAUGGACGACAUUUUACGGGUGAUCGCAAGACUACAGCACACAAAGCAGGAAAUCAACGUACACUUGGUGGAAACAAGUCCUGCUAUGCGCGCAUUGCAGGACGCAAAGCUAACAUGCGACAGUCGACCGAAUGUCCUACUCCAUUGGCACAACUCCAUCAGCGAAAUCCCUACAACUUCAGAGUACACUAUGCUUGUGGCUCACGAAUUCUUUGAUGCCCUUCCAAUUCACGUUAUCCAGAAAAUGGAGACUGGUUGGCAUGAGGUGCUCAUAUCCUCCGACACACAAGGACCAACGCAAUCCAUCGGCGUCAAUGACGCUCCGACCUCUCAGCCACCCUCACAGUCAGCCCAAACUGCUUUCUCUCCACUUCGCCGUGGACUCGCUCGGCAACCGUCUGCCGCAUCCACUCUGCUCGGACAUUCAUCGCCUCGUUUCCAAAACCUACCCGUGGGCUCGACGUUGGAAGUAUCGCCUACGGCCUUCAGAAUAGCGAGGAAAGUGGGCGAGCUGCUUGAAGCAGGAAGGCAAUUAGAUGGCGACAAGCUGUCUACAGGCGGAUGUGGAUUGAUUAUUGACUAUGGUGGUGGUCAUGCAUCGAGCAACUCCUUCAGGGCGUUCAAGGAUCAUAAGAUCGUCGACGCAUUCCAUGAGCCAGGAAAUUGCGAUUUGACGGCAAAUGUGGACUUCGCAUACCUGACAGAAGCAAUGAACGACCUUGUGGCGACGUACGGACCCAUAACCCAAGGCUCGUUCCUGGAACGUAUGGGUCUACAACUACGACUCCAAGGGCUGUUGAAGGCGGCGAAGACGGAUGACCAGCGAGAGAGGAUUAAAGAGGCGGCAACGAGGCUGGUGGACCCUUCUAGGAUGGGAAAGGAGUACCAGGUCUUAGGAAUCACAAAUAAGCCUUCGCAGGAGAGUAUUUGGCCGUUUGUUUCCGAUGUGAAGUUGUAG